UUGCCAUUUUUUAAAACCCAACCACAACGCAUGAAUCUUUUUUUUUUUUUGCCUUUAUAUAGGAUUUUCGUUUUCGACUCGUCUUAACGUUCACCAGUUGACGGUUCUUCUCGUUCUUUUCUCUUUCUCUAUUAUUUAUUCUAUAGACGUUUUACUUUUAUAUCCAACAUGCCUCAACAAAAACAUAUCGUGGUGAUCGGUGCUGGCGUCGGCGGUACGGCCACGGCUGCAAGGCUGGCGCGUGAAGGAUUUCGAGUGACCCUGGUGGAAAAGAAUGACUUCUCGGGUGGCCGUUGCUCGCUCAUUCACCAUAAUGGCCAUCGGUUUGAUCAGGGCCCUUCCUUGUACCUGAUGCCCAAACUGUUUGAAGAAGCUUUUGAAGACCUCGAUGAACGCGUGCAAGACCAUUUGGAUUUGCUUCGUUGCCAUAACAAUUACAAGGUCCAUUUUGAUGAUGGUGACAAGAUUCAGUUGUCGUCUGAUCUGACACGCAUGAAACCCGAACUGGACCGUAUCGAGGGCGAAGAUGGGUUUGGUCGGUUCCUUGACUUCUUGUCGGAAACCCACACCCAUUAUGAGCGCGGAGUGUUCAUUGCCAUCAAGCGCAACUUUGAAACUAUCUGGGAUCUGGUGAAGCUCAAGUAUGCUCCGGAAAUCUUCCGUCUCCACUUGUUCAGCAAGAUCUACAGUCGUGCCAGCAAGUACUUCCGUACGAAGAAGAUGCGCAUGGCGUUCACCUUCCAGACCAUGUAUAUGGGCAUGUCGCCUUAUGAUGCACCAGCAGUUUACAGCUUGUUGCAGUACACCGAGUUUGCAGAGGGGAUCUGGUAUCCGCGGGGUGGAUUCAAUAUGGUGGUCCAAAAGUUGGAAGCUUUGGCGACGCAAAAGUUUGGGGCCAAAUUCAUUUACAGUGCGCCUGUGGCCAAGAUUAAUACGUCAAAUCGUGACAAGCGGGUCACCGGGGUCACGUUGCAGAAUGGUGAGGUGAUUGAAGCCGAUGCCGUCGUGUGCAACGCCGACCUUGUCUAUGCCUACAACCACUUGCUGCCCCCUUGCAGCUGGGUGAAGAACCAGCUCGUCGAGAAGAAACUGACCUCGUCGUCCAUCUCAUUCUACUGGUGCAUGUCGCAAAAGAUCCCUGAACUGGAUGUCCACAACAUCUUCUUGGCCGAAGCGUAUCGCGAGAGCUUUGACGAAAUUUUCCAAGACCACACGCUCCCGUCCGAGGCGUCCUUUUACGUCAACGUGCCUUCUCGUAUCGAUGAAUCGGCGGCUCCCUCAGGCAAAGAUUCCGUUAUUGUCCUUGUUCCCAUUGGUCACAUGCGUAGCAAGAAUGGCGACCCUACCAUUGAAAAUUAUCCUGUGUUGGUUCAAAAGGCGCGCAAGAUGGUGUUGGAAGUGUUGAACCGACGUCUCGGAUUGGCCAACUUUGAGCAAUACAUUGAACACGAAAUAGUGAACGAUCCAAGUGUGUGGCAACAAAAGUUCAAUUUAUGGCGUGGUUCGAUCCUUGGUUUGUCGCAUGAUAUCUUCAACGUGUUGUGGUUCCGCCCUUCCACCAAGGACUCCACCGAACGAUACAACAAUCUCUUCUUUGUCGGCGCUUCCACGCAUCCAGGUACCGGUGUUCCCAUCGUUUUGGCUGGUAGCAAAUUGACGGCGAACCAAGUGUGCGAACAUUUCAAUGUCCAACCACGCCCCAGUGCCAUUGCAACUACCAAGAAAUACUAUCCUUCUGAACGCUCGGCCUCUUCGACAUGGUUGUACUCGGUGGUGUCGUUGUUCAUCCUCCUGUUUGCUUUUUUCGCGAGUUUCCCUGAACAUUCCUCGAGCCAAACCGCCGCCUCAUUCAUUAACUCUUGCCUUCCUGCCCCCUUUCGCGUUGUCAUGGCAGAACCCCUUCCCUACCAAAAUCAAUAGUUUUUUGGACAUACUUUUUUUCCGCUUAGCUUUAUCUGUUAUAUUAUCCAUUUUUUAUUCUAACUAUCAAAAAGCAAUAAAAUGACCGUUCC